UAUGUACACAGCUGCGUGCAACAAUGCAAUGAUGGCCUAUAAAUUCAGGCCCACAAGUUCCAUCCACACAGUAUAAGUUGCGACACCAAACGCGCAACUCCGGAAACUUUCUUGGGUCUGAAACGGUUUGUUCUUGUAUUUGGUCUCCUGAUCUGAUACAUCUGCCCCGCUUGUCAGGCAGUCCAUUAUAGUAAGAUGACUCGGUCAAUGUGGCAUAUUUUCUUUGCUGCGCUGUCGGCGCUGUGCGUGCUGGAUGCGAGGCCGCUCAAUGAGCAAGAAAAUGAUACCUACCGCGUAGUGUGUUAUUUCACGAACUGGGCUCAGUACCGGCCGGGCGAUGCGCGUUUUGUGGCCGAUAACAUGGACCCGAGUCUCUGCACACACAUGAUCUUCAGCUUUGCCAAGCUCAGCGACUCCAACAACAACCGUCUAGAGCCCUAUGAAUGGAACGACGAGUCAACGGCGUGGUCGGUCGGUAACUACGAAGCCGUCAACAACCUGAAGCAGAAUAACCCACGGCUCAAGACCCUGCUGGCCGUGGGAGGCUGGUCGCACGGGACGCAGAAGUUCACCUACAUGGUCCGGACGGCUGCCAGGAGGCAAGUUUUCAUCCGUGACGCCAUCCAGUAUGUCCGAGAGAGGGACUUCGAUGGUCUAGACCUGGACUGGGAGUUCCCAGGUACCAGGGGAAGUCCGCCUGUAGACAAACGACGAUUCACGCUUCUUGUUCAGGAGCUGCGUGCAGCCUUUGAAGAGGAGGCAGCCAGCACGGGUAAAGAGCGCCUCCUAUUGACAUCGGCAGUCGCAGCGGGGCCACCCACCAUCGCUAACGGUUAUGAAAUUGCAGCCAUCUCAAGUGCCCUUGAUUUCAUCAACCUGAUGGCGUACAAUUUGCACGGUUCAUGGGAGCGCACUACCGGCCACCAUACAUCGUUGUACCCUGGUGCGUCAGACGUCGGUGGCAAUCGCCUUCGUACUGUGUCUAAUGCCGUGGAUAUUUGGCUGAAGGGCGGGGUGCCACCGUCUAAGCUUGUCCUAGGGAUGGGUCUGUAUGGCCGCUCCUUCACCCUUGCCGGCCGGGCGACCUGCAUAGGUGCUCCCGCAAGCGGGCCAGGGACGGCCGGUGUUUCAACCCAAAAAGCCGGUUUCCUGUCUUAUUACGAAAUUUGCGACAAAAUCCGACAUGAACAGCUGACACGGGUUUGGGACUCUCAACGUCAAGUUCCCUAUGCCUUCCAGGGCAACCAAUGGGUUGGCUACGAAGAUCCACAGAGCAUCCAAAUCAAGGUGGACUAUGUGCUGGAGAAGAGCUUAGGCGGCGCCAUGGUGUGGGCGGUGGAUUUGGACGAUUUCACGGGUCACUGUGGUGAGACGUGGCCGCUGAUGAAAGCCAUCAACCGCGGACUUGGUUUAGUAAACGACGAAGUAUCUCCUACUGAUGCACCACCUGCAACUGACGCACCUGCAACGGGCGCACCUGCAACUAACGCACCUGCAACCAACGCACCUGCAACCAACGCACCUGCAACCCACGCACCUGCAACCCACGCACCUGCAACCCACGCACCUGCAACGGACGCACCUGCAACUGACGCACCUGCAACCAACGCACCUGCAACCCACGCACCUGCAACUGACGCACCUGAAACUGACGCACCUGCAACCCACGCACCUGCAACCAACGCACCGGCAACUGACGCACCUGCCACCAAUGCACCUGUAACCAACGCGCCGGCAACUGACGCACCUGAAACCAACGCGCCGGCAACUGACGCACCGGCAACUGACGCACCUGCAACUGACGCACCGGAACCAGACCCCGUUACACCGUUCACCUGCCUAGGCAAACCAUAUGGUUAUUACGCCGACCCAAGCAGUUGCAGGAUGUACUACAUCUGCAACAACGGGGUCGCUACCCAUCUUCCGUGCGGGCAAGGUUUGUACUAUGACCCGCUGUCCAGUACAUGCAACUACCCUCACAACGUCCCGUGCAACGCUCCGGACACAGCGCUCUUCUGUGAUGCCCGCGCCGAAGGAUUGUACCCGUACCCAGACGACUGCAGCAAAUUCUACCACUGUGCCUCUGGCCUGACGUACACGAAGUCCUGCCCAUCGGGUCUCUUGUUCAACCCUUCCUUGAAAGUUUGCGACUGGCCGUACAAUGUCAACUGUAACUGCGCAGAAGUUGCAUCAAAUUACUGGAAAAAUAGCAACCACCACAUAGUGUGUUAUUUCACGAACUGGGCGCAGUACCGGCCGGGCGAGGCACGUUUUGUCGCGGGUAACAUGGACCCGAGUCUCUGCACGCACAUGAUCUUCAGCUUUGCCAAGCUCAGCGACUCCAACAACAACCGCCUGGAGCCCUAUGAAUGGAACGACGAGUCAACUGAGUGGUCAGUCGGUAACUACGAAGCCGUCAACAACCUGAAGCAGGACAACCCACGGCUCAAGACCCUGCUGGCCGUGGGAGGCUGGUCGCACGGGACGAAGACGUUCACCUACAUGGUCGAGACGGCCGCCAGGAGGCAGGUCUUCAUCCAAGACGCCAUCCAGUAUCUCCGAAAGAGGAACUUCGAUGGUUUGGACCUGGACUGGGAGUAUCCGGGGGCUAGGGGAAGUCCGGCUGUCGACAAACAACGAUUCACGCUUCUUGUUCAGGAGCUGCGUGCAGCCUUUGAAGAGGAGGCAGCCAGCACGGGUAAAGAGCGCCUCCUAUUGACAUCGGCAGUCGCAGCGGGGCCACCCACCAUCGCUAACGGUUAUGAAAUUGCGGCCAUCUCAAGCUCCCUUGAUUUCAUUAACUUGAUGGCGUACGAUUUGCGCGGUUCGUGGGAAAGCAUUACCGGCCACCACGCAUCGUUGUACCCUGGUGUGUCAGACGUCGGUGACAAUCGCUUUCUUACUGUGUCCAAUGCCGUGGAUAUAUGGCUGAAGGGCGGGGUGCCACCCUCUAAGCUUGUCCUAGGGAUGGGUCUGUAUGGCCGCUCCUUCACCCUUGCCGGCCAGGCGACCGGCAUAGGUGCCCCUGCUAGCGGGGCAGGGACGGCCGGCGUUUCAACUCGAGAAGCCGGUUUCCUGUCUUAUUACGAAAUUUGUGAACAAAUCCAAAAUGGUCAGCUGACACGGGUUUGGGAUUCGCAACGUCAAGUUCCCUAUGCCUUUGGGGGCAACCAAUGGGUUGGCUACGACGAUUUACAGAGCAUCCAAGUCAAGAUCGACUAUCUGCUGAAGCAAAACUUGGGCGGCGCCAUGGUGUGGGCGGUGGAUUUGGAUGAUUUCAACGGCAUCUGUGGCGAGACGUGGCCGCUGCUGAAAGCCAUCAACCGCGGACUUGGUUUCGCAUCUGGUACUAACGCGCCGCCCCCACCCAACGCGCCAGUAACUGACGCACCGCCGCCACCCAACGCACCGGUAACCGACGCAAAGCCACCCAACGCACCCGCAACUAAACCACCAAUUACGGACAAGUUCUGCGACGGCCUCGCCGACGGUUUUUACGCCGACCCAGCCGAUUGCAGCAAAUACGUUCAAUGUGCCUCUGGCGUGACGUACCAUAAGUCCUGCCCAACGGGUCUCGUGUGGAACGCUUCCCUGAACGUUUGCGACUGGCCUUAUAAUGUCAACUGUUAAACCGGUCCCUGCCAACAUGUAGUGUACACCGGCA